UCAAUAAGAGCUGCAAAACUCCUGUUGAUCAAACCCGGUAACAGUAACAUAAAAUAAUAAAGAGGGCAUAGCAUAGCAUAUAUAGAGAGAGAUCAGUAGAGAGCGCAGAAGAGCAUGUACUGAAGAAGAUAUGGAAGGUGAAAUGAACAAGUUAGGCUAUGUAUGCUCAUCAGUUAUAGCUUCUCUUUGUUAUUGUUACUUUGUUUCAUCCAAAAUUUCACCUGGUUUGUCAAGAUUUUUAUCUGUAUUACCCAUCUUCUGCCUCUUUAUCAUCUUACCUUAUUAUCUCUCCUCUGCUUUCAACACUGCCCUCAUAACUUUCUUCACUACUUGGCUUUCCAACUUUAAACUCCUACUUUUUUGCUUUGGCCAUGGUCCCCUUUCAUCCCCUAAUUGUUCUCUCACUUUCUUCAUCUCCAUCGCUUCGCUUCCCAUCAGAAUCAGGCAAAAUUAUGACACCCACAAAAGAGUACUACCUCUCAAUUUCUCCCUCAAAGUACUCGUAUUUGCGGUAUUGCUCAAGGUAUCGUGUUGUUACGGAGGGGCAUUGCACCACAAGAUGAUCCAGUGUGUGUACUGUUGUCUUUGCUUUCUGUUGAUAGAGAUACUCAUCGGUUUAUCUAACACACUGUCUGGAGCCCUGGUGGGAGGCGAGUUUGAGUUCGAGCCGCCCUCCAACGAGCCGUAUCUCUCGACGUCUCUCCAAGACUUUUGGGGGAAAAGAUGGAACCUCACGGUGACCACUUCUCUACGGGACACAGUAUACAAGCCUGUGAGGAAAGCCUCAGAAGUAGUCCUGGGGAAAAAUCUGGCUCCGGUGCCCGCGGUGAUGGCAGCAUUUCUGGUAUCAGGAUUGAUGCAUGAGCUCUUGUUCUACAACGUCACGCGUUCGUAUCCAACAUGGGAGAUGACCGGGUUCUUUGUGUUGCAUGGGAUAUGUGUGGUGGUGGAGGUAGGGUUGAAAAAUUGGGCGCGGGGGCGGGGGUGGCGCCUCCCGUGGCCGGUCUCGACGGGACUUACGGUGGGAUUUGUGCUGGCGACGAGCCUCUGGCUAUUUUUUCCACCGCUUAUAAGAAGUGGCGCAGAUACAAUAGUGUUGGAGGAGAUGGCAUUUUUUGUGCAGCUUAUGUGGACUCAUCUGACCAAUCUUUUCUCCUCCAUCUAUAAAUAGAUACCAGCAAAUUUGGUAUCAAGUAAAAUGACUGUAUUCCAUUCCAUGUAAACAGUUUCUACUCAAAUAUUACAGAGAAACUAUUCCUGUAUUAUAUGUCA